CGUUUCCUGUCAAGAUGGCGGAUAAUCUCCCUUCGGACUUUGAUGUGAUCGUAAUAGGGACGGGUUUGCCUGAAUCCAUCAUUGCAGCUGCAUGUUCAAGGAGUGGCCAGAGGGUUCUGCAUGUUGAUUCAAGAAGCUACUAUGGAGGAAACUGGGCCAGUUUCAGCUUUUCAGGACUGCUGUCCUGGCUAAAGGAAUACCAGGAAAAUAAUGAUGUUGUGACUGAAAAUUCAAUGUGGCAAGAACAGAUACUUGAAAACGAAGAAGCUAUUCCUCUUAGUAGCAAGGACAAAACAAUUCAACAUGUAGAAGUAUUUUGUUAUGCCAGGUAUGAAAAUCAUUUCUGUAGCAUUCAAUAAGAAAACAGCUCUUUCCUUCUUUUCAUGCUUCUUCAGUAAUAAGGAUGCUGCUAUAGUGAAAUUGAUACAUUAGCUUUCUUUCCUUUUUAAGCUGAAACCCACCGUUGGCGUUCUCUGAUUUUGGUGUAAUAAUGUCUAACAUUAAUGCCAUGCACUUCAUUUUAUCUUUGUAUCAAUCCUGUGUUCCAGUAGGGCUGAGC